CGGUACGCUAUCGUUGUCCUUUUCUCGCUGGUGUUGGCAGUGUAUGUGCGCGAGUCUUACGAUUUCCGAUUUUUGGAAAAAUCACACUAUUCAGUAUUUCCUUCGUUGUUUGUAGAGCUGAUUGCGUUUAGAGAGAUUUAAUUGAUCAGCAGCAACAAAAGUGGCACCACCAUGCAGCUGUCGUGCCGCUUCUACUCGGAGAAGUUCCCCGAGAUCGACGACGUGGUGAUGGUGACGGUGCGCCAGAUCGCCGAGAUGGGCGCUUACGUCCGCCUGCUCGAGUACAACAACAUCGAGGGCAUGAUCCUGCUGUCGGAGCUGUCGCGACGCCGCAUCCGCUCCAUCAACAAGCUGAUCCGUGUCGGCAAGACCGAGCCCGUCGUCGUCAUGCGGGUAGACAAAGACAAAGGGUACAUCGACCUGUCGAAGCGACGUGUGUCGCCCGAGGGCAUCGAGGAGUGCACCGAGAAGUACUCCAAGGCCAAGGCGGUGCAGUCCAUCCUGCGGCAUGUGGCCGAGCUGCUGGAGUAUGAGACCGACGAACAAUUCGAGGAACUCUAUCGCAAGACGGCCUGGCACUUCGAGGAGAAGAGCAAGAAGCAGGGGUCUGCGUACGACGUGUUCAAACAGGCGGUCAACGAGCCCUCGCUUCUGGACGAGUGUGAGCUCGACCAGGCCACCAAGGACAUGCUGCUGCUCAACAUCCAGCGGAAGUUGACACUGGCCUCGGUCAAGAUCCGAGCGGACAUCGAGGUGGCCUGCUACGGCUAUGAGGGAAUCGACGCCGUCAAGGACGCGCUGCGGGCCGGCCUGGCCUGCUCCACAGACGACAUGCCCAUCAAGAUCAACCUCAUAGCCCCGCCACUGUACGUCAUGACGACCAACACGCCAGAGAAGCAGGAUGGCCUCAGAGUAUUGGAAGCUGCCUGCGAAGCCAUCAAGAACAGCAUUAAAACGCAGGGCGGGAAGUUCGAGAUCAAGAUGGCGCCCAAGAUCGUGACGGACGUGGACGAGGCCGACCUGCAGAAGCAGAUGGACACGGCCGAGGCGGAAACCCGCCAGGUGGCCGGCGACGACUCGGCCAGCGGCUCCGGCUCCGGCUCCGACGGCGAGGGAGACGGCGACGGCGACGCCGCGGCCGCCGAGUGACGGCCGGAUGGCCGCGGCCGCCGUGCCGGGGCUGGCGGCGCCCCUCCGACGACAGGCGCAGAGCGGACCCCGCGCGCGCACCUGGGGCUGACCGCCGCCAAGACCGGGCCCGUCCGCCGACGACUGACGGCCGGCGGCGCGUGCGAGGUGCCCCGGCGGCAGUUGACUGACGUGGUGGCGAUCUGAGGCGCGCGGUGGGUGGCUGGCACUCCGCCCGUCCGCGCGGCGGCGGCGGCCGGCGCUGCUGGGCCGGUCGCGCCGGCCCAUCCGCCGGGGCUCUGGAAUCAUUGCCGCGCUUCGUCGCCCCGGACGCUUUUAUAUUCCUGCAUUGCUGUUGACCAUCGCUGUGGGUGUGGCGGCGCUCUGGCCGGACGUCGCGCUGGUGACAGAAUAGACGUCGAUCGUGAU